CGAGAAAGACGGGGACCUCCGUCGUACACGCACAGGCGCCGACGCACUCACACAUACGUAUAAAAGGCCGGCGUCGCGACGCUCUCGCCGUCAUUCCCGCGCGCGCGGACGCUGAAGUCACGGUACCCGGAGUAGAACGUCGUCGCCGUCGUCGUCACUGUCGUCGGUUACUCACGGAGGCAGUUAACAGUCGGCACAUCCUCGCAGCCACGUGAGAUCGGAGGACCACUCGUCCGCGAAUGAGAGUUUCAUCCCCCGGCAAGAAGAAGAAACGCUACUUCCAGAGCUUUUAACAGUUCGAGAGGGUAUUCCGUGUGUCACACUCAUCUCUCACCUGCAGAGUCGCGCCGGUGGAAUCUGACAGCAACAGAUUCAAACAGGCAUCAUGAAGUCAAGAACGAGUUUAAUAACUAUCAGAAUUAUUAUAUUCUACCUGUUGAGUGUCGUUGGACAAUCAACAGCGGCGAUACAAGAGACAUCUUCUUCAUCUUUACAUAUUCCACGAUUUCAUCCGUUAUUAAACAACUUGGAAUUUGAGGAACCUGAGAAAAAGUCCUACAUUGCCGAAUACAAAAGACUACCCCUUUAUAACUUUGGCAUCGGGAAGCGGAUGAAUAGUGAUGAGGAUAAAAGGAACCGGCAAUUCUCAUUCGGUAUCGGCAAGCGUCUCCGAGACUUCAGGUUUGGUUUAGGAAAACGCAAUGGAUACCAUCCCUUCAGUUUGGACUUUCCGGCUGAUAACAUAGAGGGAUAUCAAUCACGCGACAACUCGAACGAUUUUAUGGAGGACAAACGUAGCCAGCACUUCGGUUUUGGACUAGGAAAACGGGGGGCCUGGAAGUUAGCGUCUGAAGAAAUGGCUGAAAGAAGACUGAACGAUCCCAUAGUCUCGAAAUUCUUGUUCGGUUUGGGAAAGGAACCGGAUGAGAACGACGAUUUAAUUCAGUAAAGCGUUCUCGUCGAGGAGCACGAAUUGUUAUCUUCCUCAAUCUCUUUAAUCCCUGGACGAUACCAGAAGAAAUAUCUGAUUUAUUUAUUUCCGAAAAUAUUUUGGCAAAAUGCAAUAAUAGCGGAUAAAUGAUUAAAAAGGCUGUACAAUAUAUUUAUUAAUUGUUUGUCAUUUUGAAUUCUACAUAGAUGUCUGGUAUUUUAACAAUAUAAAUUUGUUAUAAAAUUCCUGUAUCGACAUUUUGUGUUGUACAAAUCAAUAAUUAAUUGACGUUUUUAAUGAUAAGACAGAUAAAUAAUAAAUCAAGUAAAUGUUUCUAUUUUUUUGAUAAAUCAUAAACUCGAAUUUAUCGAGAUUAAAUUCAUUGAAAUCACAUAUAAUGCAGUUUUCUUGAGUGUUUAUGUCAAUACCAUCUCGUACCGUGUAUGAUUUCAUUGAAUGUCGAGAGCAGAAUGCACUGUCCACGGAAGUUAAGAGCGAUAUCGAGAUUUUCUUUUUUUUUCUAAAACUUGGUAUAAAAUUCGUGCGCCAUCGACAAUACUCUCUCCACUUGUAAAUGUUAAAAAAAAAACGCAGGUACCUUAAUGGAAAGAUAUAUUUGACGUAGAAAAAUUCUCCGAAUAAUUCUUUUUAGACGAAGCUGUUCGAUAUUUCUGUGAUUUUAAUCAAUAAUUAAAAUGUUUUUUUUUUUUUGAGUUUGUAAAAUGGAAAGAGAAUGCAAACGAAGAGCAAAAACGUCAUUUCUUUUAAUGUAUAAGUCUAUUGUUGUCUGUUUAUAUAUCUCAACUCUAUUUAUAUAUCUCAACAUUAUUUAGCACUUAUAUACAUUAAUGUCAAAAUAAAAUUAAAUAUUAUUAAUGUUACAAUAAAAUUAAAUAUUAUUAUUGUCAAAAUAAAUUUAUAUUAAAUCCAAUUAUAUUAUUAAUGUCAAAAUAUAUUAAUAUUAUAUUUAAUUAAAAUUAAAUAUUAAGUUAUAGAAAAUUAAAUAUUUUCUUUAACAUUCCACGCUCACAGAAUAUAGCGAUUUAAUUAUCGACAAAAGUAACAGGGGAAUUAUUAAGUUAAUUGCAGAUUUGGAUUUCUAUAUACACUGUAAUUUAGCAAACGAUUAAACAAUUUACUGUACAAUAGAUAAAAACUUUGUCUCGAUGUGCUAAAAAGUUAUAUUCAUCUACUUAGGCAAUAUUGUACUUGUCUUUAUUGUUCGACGGUUAUAUUUCUAAUCGUUAUAGAAAAAGAUGAAAUCAAUUGUACCAAUGUUCUCAAUGUCAUAAUAAAUCUUGUAAUCUUCUAUUUUGUCAUAUACAUAUAUGAUAAAUAUAAUAUAUAAAAGAAUAUAUAAAAGAAGAUUACAAGAUAUAUAAUAUUAUGACAUUGAGAACAUUGGUGCAAUUAGUUUCAUCUUUCAUCUAUAUAUAUAUAUAUACGGCAUGUACGAACACUUUUAAUUUAAUUUUAUCAAAUUCUGUGAAUUAAAUAAGAAUUUUGUUAAAAAUAAAUGUUAUUGAUAUUUUCGUGCGUGACGUAGCAAUGUAGAUUUAUUCUAUCGAGCAUACCAUUAUAAUAACAAAUAAAUAAAUGCAAAUAUAUUGA